ACAGUCACUACACGUGCUUUCAAUUGUUGUCAAUAAACACUUGAAAGACGUCUUUGGAUUUUUAAAUAUCAAAGAGUCUUGUAUUUAAUAAAAUUUAAUUAUUGAAUUGAAAUGUCAGCUGAAGAUAGUGUCGACAAUAUAACGGUCACAACUGAUCCCGAUUUGUUGCUAUCGGAGCACACUUUGAAUGCUUUGAAAGAGUUUUACACCGAAACUUAUGCCAAACAAAAUAGUGGUAAUAAAGAAGAGACAGACUUUGAGGAGAAUUGGCAAUUAAGUCAGUUCUGGUACUCGGAAGAGACGGCCAACUAUUUAUCUGAUGAAGUGAUACACGCAUUGAAUCUGCAGAGUAGUCAUGAGUCGGAAAAGAUGACCGAGAAGUCAAUCGCUUGUAUAUCAUGUCCGACACUAUUUGAUUGUUUGUAUCGAAAGUUAAUUAAAGACAGUAUUAAUCAAUCGAUAAAAUUGAUUUUAUUUGAGUUUGACAAACGGUUUCAAAUGAAAUAUCCAUCAAAUUAUGUUUUUUAUGAUUACAAUCAACCACUGGAUAACUCAUUUAUCGACAGAUUUACAGAACGGUCAUUUGAUGUGGUCAUUGCUGAUCCACCUUUUCUUUCGGAUGAAUGCUUAAGAAAGACUAGCGAAACAAUCAAUUAUUUAGCUAAUGAUAAGAUACUCCUCUGUACGGGUUCUGUCAUGAGACACACCAUCGAUGAAUGUUUACAUCUGCAAGAAUGUCAUCACUUUGAACCCAAACAUAACCGCAAAUUAGGAAAUGAAUUCAAAUGUUUUUCUAAUUUCAAUUUAAGACCCAUUGAUAUCAAUUGAUUGUUACUUAUAUUGUUUUUUAUAAUU